CUGACUGCCAGAUCUUUGAGUCCUCCAAGAUGGCCGAGACGUGGGCGUUCUACUACCUCCAGGCCGAGGACGGCGAGGACCGGUCGCACCCGAACGCGUUCCGCAUCCCCAAGACGGGCGAGCUCACGCUUGGCGACGUCCAUGCCCACUUCCCCCUCGGGGCGCCAGCCGGUUUCCACUUCCGCUUCCGCCUCAACCACGGCGAGACCUUUUACUGGAUCGACGUCACGGCGCCGACGGCGUCGGUUCCGCUCGUCAACGGCCGCGUCAUCUGCAAGGUGCUGCGCCACGCGCGCCCCAUCAAGAAGGGCCUCGUCCUGCAGCGCAAGCCUGUGUACAGCAUGGCGACGGACCAAACCAAGCCCCGCGGCGACGUGAAGCGGCCAACCAAGUACUCGGACGAGCCCAAGCCUACGGCGCGCCCGGCCUCGGCGCCCCCGAAACAAGAGGUCAAGCCCAAGGAGAGUAGCGAGUCAUUUGAGGACUUUUUGGCCGGCGCGCCCAAGCCUGCGCCGGCAGCGCCGGUCGACCUCAUGGGCGGUGGCACGACAUGGACAGCUCCCAAGGCGGCUACCAAGGCGACGCCAACGCGACGACCGAGCCCGCCGCCUGUAGCAGCAUCCGCGCCGCCGAAAGACUUUAACGACGACUGCGGCCAGACCGUCGGUCCUGUCACGCUCGCCGAUAUGGCCAAGCACGAGGUGUCGGCCGAUGGCACCAACGUGUACAACCCGGACCUCGUCGACAAGUCGACCAAGUCUGCGGACGUGCGGGAGGCGAUGGAGCAGCGCGAGCAGCAGAAGGCUGCCGACAUUGAGCGCGCUCGACUAGACCUCCUGGCGCGCGACCAGGCCAAGACGCAGCUCGAGGCCGCCAAGGCCACGGCCGUCGUCGCGCUCGGGCCCAAGCUCAAGAACUGGGCCGAGGACAAUGGGCGGAAGAAGAACAUCCGGACGCUCAUCUCGACGAUGCAUCAGAUCCUGUGGCCGGACGCCAAGUGGACCGAAGUCAACAUGGGCAAGCUCCUCACGCCCAACGACGUCAAGAAGCAGUACCGGCGCGCGAUCAUGGUCGUGCACCCGGACAAGGCCGGGGGUCGCACGGCCGAGCAGCUCGUCAUCGCCGAGCGCAUCUUCGAUGCUGUCAACAGUGCACGGGACGAGUUUGCGCGCACGGAAAUGAAAUAAGACGCCACUUGCAACUGUG